AUGUCAUCACCGGGAGACUCUCUACCACCCAUCGACUUAAAGGCCUUGCGACUGUCUCCUUUCACCCCGUUAGAGUCGGAGUCCUCUCGAAAGGAGUGCCCUAAGUGUGGGCGACGACGGAAGUUCUACUGCUACGAAUGCGCCGUGCCCGUCGACACUUGGGAUGGGGUACCCUACGUCCGUCCACCAUUCGAUAUACAUCUAGUGCGCCAUCCCACUGAGAAGGCCAGCAAGUCCAGCGUGAUUCCACUACAGCUGAUAUGCAAUCCUGAUCGGGUCCCAGGAGAAGACGCAUCCAAGGUGCCUCGAGCGUAUCUUCACUCUGCGACGGAAGAUUUCCAGCCCAACUUUGACCCCGAAUCCACCGUUCUCUUGUACCCUGGUGAGGACAGCAAAAGCAUCGAGGAGGUUGACUGGUCCAAAAUCAAGCGAGUCGCGGUCAUUGACUGUACUUGGCAUCAGACCGGGUACAUGCUGAGCCAUCCUUCGCUCAAGAACCUACCAAAAGUUGGUAUCACUUCUCAUGCUACUAAUUUCUGGCGGUAUCAGCACGAGGGCCCUGAGUGCCUAGCUACAGUGGAGGCAUGCUAUCUACUGUGCAAGGAGCAGUGGGAAGCUGUCAAUGACGCGCCCUACGACGGUCGUUAUGAUAACAUGUUAUGGUAUUUCGUGUAUAUGCAUCGAUUGGUCGCGGAUGCUCAUAAACGGCGCGGCACGAAGAGAGAGGGUCGAGUGUGUAAAGAUGAUGGUGGUCCUGAAGGGAAACGGAAGGUGCUUAAUAGGGGCAUACCAGAACGGAUGCUCAAUACGUAUGAUGACCAAUGACGUUUCUUGUG